AAAAAGAUGAAGAGGAUGGUGAUGACCACAAUGAUGGUAAUUCAUAGUAACAUCCCUCCUAGAAAUUAUCAGUCAGUUAACCCUUUAAGUCCCAAUAUCCAAAUACAAAUUCUCCAAACUGGUCUCCAUACAUUUCCUUAGAGAAUGAGUUAAGAGAAUUUGAUAAAAGAUCAAGGUAUUUUCUCUUUGGUGAUCAUAUUAUUAAUUCUCAUAACCUUAAUCUCUUAACAAUGUAUGGAUAUUGUUAGGAGAAUAUUGAUGUUGGUCACCAUUGGGACUUAAAGGGUUAAGGAUUAAACAGUGCAUAAACAACACAGCAGUGUCGCUGUUACAUAGUCAACUAUUUGUAAGACAAACAUAGGCAGUCUUAGUAGUGUUUACCUCUUGCACAUGUAGGUCAUAGGAGUAUGUUAUAUGAAGCCUGUACGUGACACAAAUAGUGUGCCUGGGUUACCUGUGGUCUUAGAAGAAAGUUGACCAUAAUUAUACUGUUCAGUAUUAUCGAAACUGACCUUUACUCCAGAUAAGCACUGAUAAGCCUUUUCAGCCAGGUGAUGCUGUUUGUGUCCGUUAUUAAAACAUUUUUAUUUUUUAUGUUAUUUUUCAGCAUCAUCAGAACAUUCCUUCUCGUCAGAUUCCUCUCAUGAUUACUGUGUUCCUCCAGAGAGCAUCUCUCCUCCUGAACCCCCAAACAAUUAUGGGGAUAUUUAUGAUGAGGUGGAUGAUCUUUAUGCAGAGGUGA